GCUAUUCCAAUCAACUCAGCAGCUGGAUUGGAUUUCUCAGCUAGCCAGCCCCAAGCCACCAUUACCAGCUUGUCCAUCUGAAUUCUGAAUCAAGCAGCUAGCAGCGCCGUGAAACGAGGGGAUACACAUACCAUGGAUGCCCCCGCCGGACGCGCUUACGAGGACUUCGUGCCUCCGCACAACAUGGUCACCGAGCCGGCGACGCACACCUUCUCCGUCGAUCUCACCGCCGCAGGUUACAGGAAGGAGCACAUCAGGGUGCAGUUGGUCCGCAGCCACGCGCUGGUGAUCGUGCGCGGCGAGCGCCCCGUCGCUGGCAACCGCUGGAGCCGCUUCAAGCUGGAGUUCCGCGUGCCCGACGGCUGCGACUCCAAGGGCAUCCAAGCGCGGUUCGAAGGCGGCGUCGUGCGGGUCACCAUGGCCGGCCUGAAAUCCGGGCCUUCCGCCAUGGUGGGCGGCGAUGCCUCUGCUGGCAAUGGCAAGGAGGAGCCCCCUGCGGCGGCUAACACGGAUGCCAACGGAGGUGAGAAGGAAGAGGAGAGCGCGCGGAAGCAGCAGCCGGAGGAGGAGGGGGUGAAAGAUGGUGGCCACAUUGACCAGGGCGCAGGUGCCGUCGUUGCUGCUGCGCCCAUUACAGGCUGCGGCUACUACAGCUACCUCCCGGAGAGGAGAAAGCUGGUGACCAGUGUGGUUGGCACGGUGCUCGUCCUGUUUUGCCUCGGUGUCUAUGUCAGGUAUAGCUUCGGGCCAUGAGCGGAGCGGAGACAGUAGGUGCGGCAUGCUCGUAACAGAUGUGUCAAGUGUGUGAUAUGUACCAUG